GAGAGCGGGGACAGGCCCCAGCCCGGCCCGGCCCAUGAGUGCGCCGCGCCCUGCCCGCCGGGGGCGCUCGGCCCGGCCCGGCCGCCGGAAGCUGGUGCUGCACCUGGACCUGAACAACACGCUGGCGGUGCUGGACUCGGCCACGGGGCAGGGCCCCGGCGCGGCGCUGAACGGCUUCCUGUGCGGCGCCAGCUGGGGCGCGCCGGGCCCCGCGGGUGAGUGGCAGUGGCUGAGCGACUCCCCCUCUUUGCUGCCUCCCUGCCCCGGUGCAGUAAAUUUCUAUUCUCAGUAUGGCCGCGAUGCUACGUUCACUGACAAGGCGGUGGGGCGGCCUUUCAGAAAUCUGCACGCACACCACUUGCAGCUCCUGGAGUGGCAGGGCCAGCCGCACAAAGUGUUCUCUGUCCAAGGCGAGCGUGCCAAGCACUACCACUUGAUCCUGCCCUCCUUCUUCCACCUCCUGGAGACGCUGCACCGGGAGGGGAGGCACUUCGCUGUCGUCUUCAGGACCUUUGGCACAGACCUCCCCCGCAUUCUCCAUGCAGUGCACUGUGCCUUGGAGGGGCAGCACCCCCAGUUCCCUGCCCUGCGAGACCUCUCGCUCCCGGUGGAGCUGACUGCGGGCCGGAUACGCUGCAGUCGGCACGAGGUGGUGCUGCGCCGGGGGCCGGAGCACGUUUCCACCAGGGACGACGGGAGGAAGCUGUACAGCUAUUUCAGCUCCCUGCAAGGCCUGGGCGGCUUCCAGGACCACUUUGAUUGGUGGGCCAGAAAUCAGUUCUCCUGCCGGGGUGGCAAGCCCCUUUGGAUUGACCCACACGACUCUAGUGUGCAUCACAUCUGCAUCGAUGACAACAUUCGACUGAACGAUUCAGACACCAUCAUUUGUCCCCAGGUGUUUUCAGGGAGAGGAGGCAGCUGCGCCAAGCCAGUUCCCACCUCGGAGCUGUAUGAUGUCUGCCUGGUGCAGACCAAUCUCCUGGAGGCCAUUGCUGAUGAGAGCUAUUUCCUCCGCUGCGUGAGAAGGUGUGAGGAGAACUAUGAGCGCUACCUGGCCAGUGCUGAGAGCCAGCUGUGUGACGCAGAGUAGAGUCACUCCGGACCCAGCAGCUGGAGGGGGGACGUGGGGUCCUGUGGGCUGCUCCCAGUUUGCAGCUGUCUGCAGUUUGAUUCCUAGGCUGGGCCCCGGGCCCCGUCGCACCCACAUCCCAGUGGAACCGAUGCACUUGCUUUUAGCUGUCCUCCCCUUCUUCCGGACUGGUGCGUGCGUCUGAGCUGGAGGCAGGAAGCUCCAGACACCCUUCAGAAAUGCGAGUGUCUGCCUGAUGCAGGAGGAAACUGCUUCCAGCCGUGCCCCGUCUCAGCAGCACUUUCUCACUCUUGGUGGGGUUCGGGGUUUUUGAUCUUGCUUCUCAAGAUGCCUGGCUGGGCAGUGCUCCUGCGGGUGAUCGGUGUCGUAUCCCCCUUGGCUCUGUGUGGAAGGGACUGUCUCUCUGUUAUGUUUGUACAGCGGGCUUGGCACACUAGCUGUGCUGCAGUACCAGUAGUUGUCAUAAGUGUGACGAAGUGGGACUGGUCUUAAUGUUUCCUCUGAAUACUGUGUGGGUGCCUCAGGUUCCCCUGUGCAUUUCUUAAAUCUCCACUGUGCAUAAAUGGCUGACAAUCUGUCUCCUAGCAACAAAUGGCCGGGGCCCUUUUCCCCCUUGCAAGGGGAUAGAUAAAGGUGAACAAAAAGAUCAGGUGACCUCCUGGCCUGGGAAAGAGACAAAGCCCAGAGACUAGGGGCUGGAGGGGUUUUCAGU